AUGGCGGCCCUUAAAGUAUUGUCAAGAGCGGAGAAUGUAUUAUUCAAAAACCUAUCUGCCACCUGCAGACCCAAUUUGAACUUCACACAUUCCUUGAGCAAGGUCAGUAUCGAAAUGCGUCAACUAAAUAGACCAAAUGCGAAAAUGCAUGCAGCUAGAUACAUUGAGAAGCGUUACUUUUUUAAUGGUUAGGUUAGUGUGAAUGUGUCAUAUAGUGUGAAUGUGUCAUAUGGCACCUUCCAUUUUAACCCCUAAAUUGUCAUCUGGAUUCAAGUGAAAUCGAAAUUCAUUAUUUGCAUUUACUGUCGGCAAGUAGCAGCAUAUACUUGGUUACUGAUCCGUUCUUUUAUACCUCAACACUACCGAACCCUUUCAUAAAUGCUCGUGAUGUCUGAUCCAUGAUCCAUGUUAGCUAUUUCCCAUCAUGUUAUCUUAGUAGCCUAUAUGGUGGCUAGCAGUAGGCACUACUCUGUCACCCGUAAAAACUAAAAGGACCUUGGUUGAGAAAGGGACUAAUGAUUUCAAUUUAAUGUGUCCGUUUGUUUGUUUUGCCAGAGCCAUGUGUUAUUUGUUUACAGUAGAAAAACCCGUGUAGCUGAUUUGGUAGAGCAUGGCGCUUGCAAAGUCCGGUGUUGUGGGUCCGUUUCCCACGGGGGGCCAGUAUGAAAAUAACUGUAAAUCGCUCUGGAUAAGAGCAUCUGCUAAAUGACAAAAAUGUAAAUGUAGAUAGUUCCCAUUGAUGACCCAUUGAAGACACUCACUCACCCCCCCACUCUUUGCCAAAUAAGGUCCAACUAUAUUAGGAUCGAAUGGAGAACAUAUUUAGUGAAUAUAUUUGAAAGUCAUUGAUGUAGACUACCGAUAAUAAUUUAUUUGUUGUAUUUCUCCUUUAAACUGUGUAAAGAAUGAACCCCAUACCAACAUAGCAACACGCAUAAGCCUAAGAAUGUUGUCAUUGACAUUGCGCUUCAGGUUGCAACCCAGUGCCCCCAGACCCUUUGCAUGCCACGCGCGCUAAGGACAGACAGAAGUAGAGACAUGUAAAAAGUGCAGAACAGUGUCUGUGAAGUAUAGUCUACAGGUAGUAUAAUAGCAAAUAAAGCAUAUUUUAUGUAUACAGUUCUCCAAUAACGGUAUUGUUUAAUCUUGUCUAUGUUUGCGUUUCAGUUUUAGAAGUAGUGAAUUGGAGGGUAUACACAAUACACACCACAAUGUUUAGGGAAUUACAAAGUCUUUGACGCCACGCUAGUGUUGUUCAAUACAUUGUAUUGUGCGUUGCUUUACCUGUAGAAGUUGGCCUCUCAGUGUGGGGUAAUCCAGUUGUAUUGUUAUGUUUUGGCCUCAUUUGGUCACAUGUUAUGCAGUUGCUGUUGUUUGACAUUGCUGCCACACUACAGUUUGUAGCUAGACCUCAGAUAAGGUGUUGUAGGUUAUAACAGUAAACAGAGCUAAUGGUCGUUAAUCCUACUCAAAGGCUAGACAGCCUGAACACAAGAUGCUGGUCCUAGGUUAACAGUCAAGCCUAUUUUGUGAAAUGUUUUUCUGGGAGCAUUUUCCUCCCUCUUGAUUGGCCAUAAUUGCUGAUUCACUAUUGCCAAUUCAUUUUUAUAUGAGCUGAGGUCAAAGUCAAGUCACUUAUGUCAAAUAACUAUUAUGCACUAUCUUAUAAUUGGACACAAAUCCACCCAGAAUAUAGUUUCCUCCCCAGUAGUUUGGUGGAUCAUAAUAGAGUGAAAGGUGUGAUAAUGGGUGAAUACUAAAGCUGGUCAUAGGUUAUUACAGACUUCUACGUUAACUACAUCAGGGGGUGAUUGCAGACCUUUUAAUUCUGUUUUAUAACAAGAGAUUAAUUUCACGUCACUAAUGUCAGAGCUUAGAAGAACUAGCCUAUAAUGGACUGUAUUGUUUUGUCAGGGACAUUCUCAGAUCCACCAGACUGCCUCAUUCCUCCAGUGAACCUUCCAUCUACAGCAGUCUGGUAUAGUGGAUAUAAUUAGUUACAGCAGAGGAGUUAAAGGAUGAGCGAAUGGUGGGUUAAUGGCAGAAAAUUAAAGGCUUGAUGAGGUUAAAGGCCUCUGUCUUCUCUCCACAUCUCAGCUGGAGGAAUUUGCUUCCUGGCAGAGUUCCAAAAUCCAACCAGUUCAAGACUGUCUGUCUGCUUGCCACUCUUACUCUAGCUGACUAACUGUUGUAAACUGUACAUGUCCCCUUUGUUUGUUGUCCGUUGCCUGCCUUGUUUAUCUUUCCUGUGCUGUAACUGAAUCCAUUCUUUACUCUGGGCAUUCGUUUUUAUCUCACUGCCCUCAAUGUGAAGUGCUGAUGUUGACCCGAUAGCCUAAACUUUGAUGGAGUGCUAGCAUUGGGGCAAUUCCACAUUAACAGAGUGAUGCUGAGACUAAGAAAAAAAAAGAAAAAAAAAGAAAAUGUAUGCCAAACAAAAACCAAUGAUUUGCCAAGUUAAACAAACCACUCUAUGCACAAGGACUACUUUUAACGAUUUACACUAAAUAUUUGACAAAAAUAUUACCUGAAGAACAGUGCAGAUGCGAAGUUUGCUAACAGAAUGACGGUUUGUGCUGUUUGUGCCGUCCGUCUGUUACCAAACUUUGCAUCUGCACUGUUCUUCAAGUAAAUGUGUUUUUGUCAAAUAUUCAGUGUAAAUUGUUAAAUGUAGUCCUUGUGCAUAGAGUUGUAUGGUUUGUUAAACUUUGAAAUCAAUGUUUUUUGUUUGGCAUUCCGUUAACGUGGAAAGAUUAGAGUCUCAGCAUCACUCUGUUACUGUGGAAUUUCCCACUGGUUUUGCCUGGGUCUUGGUUUGUCACUACUCCUCAGCACACACCUUAUUCUGAGAAUAGGUGAAUCUACCUGUGAGAAGACUCCUGAACAUGGCAAAAUAUUACAGAAUGUUGCCAGAGUUGGUCUAACUGUGUGACUGUUCCUCUGUGUUCCCCAGAUGUGCGGCUGCUCCUUCUCCACCUCCAGUCAGAGAAAGUCACAGUUCUACACAGACCCCACAGAUGCUGUGAAGGACAUCCCCAGUGGAGCCACCAUCCUAGUGGGA